CAGCGGUUUGCCGGGCGGCUUCUUGGAGCGGCGGAGAUGGAGGCGGACGCGGAUUUAGGGACCGGUGGCAGCGCGGGUACUGAGGGCCCCGGGCCCAUCGCCCCGGACACUGAGGGCCCCGGGCCCGUCGCCCCGGACACUGAGGGCCCCGGGCCCAUCGCCCCGGACACUGAGGGCCCCGGGCCCAUCGCCCCGGACACUGAGGGCCCCGGGCCCAUCGCCCCGGCUUCUCCCUCCCCUGCACCGUCACCCGGCCAGUCCCCGGCCCCGGGCAGCCAGCGCCUCCUGUUCGUGGAUGACCUGGUGUCCGGCACCUACAAGGGGGCCCUGCGGCACGGCAUCGUCGGUCUGAUUCAUGGGGAGGUGAGCAGCGGGGAGAGCUCGGACACGGACGAGGAGGGAACCGGCCGGGAGCGGCCUCUCAAGAAAGGUUAUGUCCGGGUGCAGUGGUACCCGGAGGGCGGUAAACAGGAUGUGAAGGAAAUUAAGCUGAAACUGGAAGACCGAUCGCUGAUGCCCCGUGACUUGGUUCGGCGUAUGGGUAAAAAUGCUGAUAAUCAAUGUGGAACAGUGAUUGAUGUGAAUAUGGAGUGCACGCUGAAGAUUCUGGGAACAAAUUACAUUCUUCACCCAGUCAACAGCAGAGACUUGCAGCAUAUUUGGCCAUUUGUCUAUGGUGACUACAUAGCCUUUGAUUGCUGGCUAGGAAAAGUUGACAACAUUGUGGCCCAGCUUAUCCUAAAACUAUCAAACGGAGCCAGGUGCUCAAUGAGUACCAGUGAUGGCAGUAAGCUCGUUGAUCUUUGUCCCCAUGUCAGUGAUUCGGGGCAGUUCUUUGAUGAAUCCUACGGUUUUUAUCCAGGGCAAAUGUUGUUUGGAGCAGCGAAAGUUUUCUCAAAUGUUCAGUGGUUGUCUGGUGUUCGACCUGUGCUGAGCAAAAAGAGCAAGUUUAAAGCGGUGGUUGAAGAGGUGCAAGUGGUUGAGCUUCGAGUUUCCUGGAUAACAAAGAGCUUUUGUCUUGGUGGAAGUGAUAGUGUUUACCCUCCAUCUCCAGUUAUUACACAGGACAAUUUACCCAGGGUGAAACGCUUGAACUGUUAUGACCAUGCUCGCAUGGUCCUGGCAGAGCGAGCUGUGUACGUGCUCCCAGGAGAUCCGGAAUGUACAGCUAUUUCUUCAGAGGUUCCAGAAGGAAAUUCCAUCAUUGCUGUGAAUUCUGUUGUCAGAAAGGUUAAACGCCUCUUUGACAAGGAGAUAGUGAAGAAAAUCUUGAAUAAUUUGGACACCCAUGAUGUGGAUCACUCCGACAAGUUUACGGUCGCCUUGGGUGAUGGCUCUGUCAUGGUCACCUCCACUGUUUUUGGGCUCAGUAGCUCUAAACCAAGAUUAGGUUGGGAGGGCACACCUCAACUGGCCAUAGGACUGAAAUCCCAGUCUGUAAAUGGGGCUGUAGAGAAGGAGCCUGUUCUGUGCAAUGGUCCAGUCCCUACUAAUGCUGUUGAUGGUCAGAGCCAGUUGGAACAAAGAGUGAAAGUAGGAAACUUGAAGGAUAUGGGCCUGUCUCCAGUGAUACUAGGUGAAGACUUACUGGAAAGUAGCCAGACUCUGAAGCUGCAGUUUGCAGAACAGGAUGCAGAUGACGAAGGUGCUGAAGAUACUGAUGAAACCAGCUCGAUUUCUUCUUCUGCAAGUUCAACUGCAUCAUCACAAAGUGGGGGACAGGGGCGUAAAAAAAGUAUCCCACUUUCUAUAAAAAGUUUGAAGAAGAAACACAAGAAGAAAAAAAACAAACCCUCCAGAGAAUUCAAACCAGGUGACAGAAUUGCUGUGGAGAUUCUGAAAACCAGCACCAGUGUGGAUGUGAUGUGGCAGGAUGGUACAGUAGAGAAAAAUAUUCGAUCCAAUGACUUGCUGCCAGUUCAUCACGUGGAUAAUAAUGAGUUCUGUCCUGGAGACUUUGUGCUGGAUAAACGUGCUCAAGGUCCUCAGGAUGUCGGUGUGUAUGGAGUUGUACAGUCUGUUGACCAUAUUGGGCGGACAUGCUCAGUGAAGUGGUUCAAACCAAAGGCAAAUGGCACUGAGAUUGAGAUGCUUGGACACGAGGAGGAUAUUAGUGUUUAUGACAUUGCUGAUCAUCCGGAUUUCCACUUUCGCAUCACUGAUAUCGUGAUCCGCAUUGGGAACGUGGAAGAAGGGAGAGCCAUGCUGAACGACAGUGAGGAACCUUCUGUUGGUCAGGUGUCUCGUGUUGAUGUUAGUGGGAAAGUUGAAGUAGUCUGGGCUGAUAACUCCAAAUCCAGCAUACUACCUCAGCAUCUGUAUAAUGUUGAGUCUGACAUUGAAGAAUCUGACCUGGACUCUUUGGACGGUACUUCUACUGGAGCAACAUCUGAUGAGUGGGAAGAUGACAGUGAUAGUUGGGAAACGGAUGACGGUGUGACUGAAGACGAGAUUGUAAAAGGAAGUGAGGCACUUGAAGUUGGAAUAGAGGUAGCAGCACAAUCGGAAGAAAGUAAGCCUGAAGCAGAGCAGGCACAGGCUGCUGGAACAGCUUCAAGCAGCACAAGUCUUGAGAAAGUUGCAAAGGAUGGAUCUCCCAAAGGUUUCCAUGAAAUAAAAGAAGCCAUCAAGAUUUUGGAAAGUCUAAAGAAUAUGACAGUGGAACAGCUGUUGACUGGUUCUGCAACUUCCCCAACAGUAGAGCCAGAAAAGCAAACCAAGGAUAAGAAAUUCCGAGAUGAUAUCAAGAAACUGCAGGAAACUCUCCAGAAGACGCUAGACAAUGUGGCCAUAGUGGAGGAAGAGAAGAUGGAGGCUGUUGUGGUAACGGAGAACAAAGAAGAGAAGCUGGAGGUACAGACUCCUAUCAAGUCGGAGUGGUCCAGUGAUACGCCUGUACUUUGCCAACAGAGCAGCAAACCUGGUGUGACUUUCACUAGUGCAAAAGGCGAAGUCUUCUCUGUACUUGAAUCGGUGCCUGAAAGCCAUGCAUUCAAAAAAAUGGAAUUUCAACCAGCAGAUUCCAAAAAAUUUUUCAGCACGGUGAGAAAAGAGAUGGCACUGCUCGCUACAGCACUUCCUGAUGGUAUCAUGGUCAAAACAUUCGAGGACAGAAUGGACCUGUUCUCAGCUCUAAUCAAAGGCCCAACACGCACUCCCUAUGAUGAUGGACUGUUUCUCUUUGAUAUCCAGCUUCCCAAUGUUUAUCCUGCAGUACCGCCACUCUUUCGUUAUAUUUCUCAGUGCAGUGGCCGUCUCAACCCUAACCUGUAUGAUAAUGGCAAAGUGUGUGUGAGUCUGCUGGGCACAUGGAUUGGAAAGGGAACUGAGAGGUGGACAAGUAAAUCCAGUCUCCUCCAAGUGCUGAUAUCAAUCCAAGGGCUGAUCCUUGUAAAUGAGCCUUAUUACAACGAGGCUGGGUUUGACAGUGAUCGUGGCCUUCAGGAGGGCUACGAGAACAGUCGCUGUUACAAUGAGAUGGCUCUUAUAAAACUGGUGCAAUCUAUGACUCGGCUCAUUCAGAAACCUGUGGAAAUAUUUGAACAAGAAAUAAAAGAGCACUUCUACACCAAUGGGUGGCGACUUGUGUACAGAAUGGAGUCUUGGCUAGAAAUCAAUGAAAUGAUCCAAAGAAGCAUUGAACUUGGCAAUAGUGCUGAAGAUGAGCCUACUCAGAUCUGCUCUUCUGAUGCAACAGAUAGCCGAGCGGAGCCUCUCUUGCCAUCUGCAGCACAGAUGGUUGCUGAAUCUGUUCAGGCCACUAAGGAGCUUGGAGUGGAAAAUUCUGAAGAUCAUGUGAGCAAUAUGCAGCAGAAGUUGUUAGCAGAAGCUGGUUCAGAUGAAAAUAUAUCUCUAGAGACUGAUUCUACUGAACAACUACCAACUGAAACUUGUUCCCUAACUUUGGAGCAGAAGGGAUCAUCACAAGCUAUUGUCAAGCCAAAAAGAAGGCGGAAGAGUUAUAGGAGCUUCCUCCCUGAGAAGCGUGGUUACCCUGACAUAGGUUUCCCACUGUUUCCCCUCUCCAAAGGGUUUGUAAAAAGCAUCUGUGGCUGCCUGCAGCAGUAUAAGGCAACCUUAAUUGAGUCUGGAAUUCCAGAGCGGAGAGAGGAGAGAUGAGCACUGCAUCUAUCCCACAGGUUUACAAAGUUUUCUAGACUUUUGAUAAUUGUGUAAUAUUAAAGCAUAAGGAUUGUGAGCAAAUCAAGGCUGCUCACUUUUUGUAUAUGGAGUGGAGUAAGAUGACUGAACAUCAUGAGGGGGGAACAGAAGCCCCGGCCUGAGCAUUUUAAGCAUGAUACGUAUGGUAAACUGCAUCCCUGGCCUUAGAAUGGUUACAAACUGACACCCAUAAGAGAUGUAAAAAUUACAUUGAUAGAUGUUUCUUCCAAUAACAUUAAACCUGAAUUUGUAGCUUGAGAUGUAUACAGUAUUUAAUCCAGAUUUAAAUGUCUACAGAUGUGGGCUUGAAUUAAGUUCCGAAUGCUUGGUUGCUUCCUGUUCAUGUAGAAAUUGUUCCUGUGAGUGCUCUUUUUAAAAUUUAUUUUCGGCUGCCUUAUACUAGUGUAAUAUAAGACUUUACAAUUAAAUUGGCCUUAAAGAUUUCACUGGA